CCAGCAUCAGAGGAGCAGGGUUCGGGGCCCUUCUUGAUCCGAAACGUCAAUUAUCCUGCUCCUCUGAUACUGCCUGGCCUACUGUGUUCCUCCAGCUCCCACAGUGUUGUCCCGGAAGUUUUCUUUGCAAAGCGUCCUGGGACUUGUAGUUCCAAGAUCCGUUGACUAAACAGGAUUUUGUCGUCCGUGAGAACUACAAUUCCCUUGAGGUCCUGUGUGCCUCCUGCCGGUGUGAAUCAUCAUGGCGCCGCCGCUAGUUAGUCUGUGCGCAUGGUGUCAGAGAGCGCUCACGAAUCGAACAGCGAACCGUUUAACUGUUGUUAGAGGCAGCGCGCGCUCUGCAGCAGCAAGGGAUGGUCGCAGUAAAAGCAAAUGGAUGGGCGUUGUGGGAUUGGAAGUCCAUGCUCAGUUAUGUUCCAACUCCAAAUUAUUCUCUGGGUCCCGGGUUCAAUUUUCAGCACCUCCAAACUCAUUGGUUUCAUUUUUAGAUGCUUCACUUCCGGGCACAUUACCCGUUCUUAACAAACACUGUGUCGAAGCAGCUGUGAUGACCGGGUUAGCCCUAAACUGUACCAUUAAUAAGAAAUCUAAGUUUGACAGAAAGCACUACUUCUAUGCUGACUUGCCGGUUGGCUAUCAGAUUACACAGCAGAGAUGUCCAGUUGCCAUCAAUGGAAGUCUUGCAUAUAGUCUUUAUGUUGGGAGAAACAGAAACCAUUUGGUACCUAAAUUGGUGAGAAUUAGACAAAUCCAACUGGAGCAGGAUAGUGGCAAAAGUCUUCACGAUGAUGCAAGAACCCAAACGUUAAUUGAUUUAAAUAGGGCUGGGGUUGGUUUGAUGGAGAUUGUUAUGGAGCCAGAUAUGUGUUGUGGCGACGAAGCAGCAGCAGCAGUUCGGGAACUCCAACUUAUCCUACAAACACUUGGUACAUGUCAUGGAAAUAUGGCAGAGGGACAGUUAAGAGUUGACGCCAACGUUUCUGUGCAUCAACGUGGUGAGCCAUAUGGUGUGAGAGCAGAAGUGAAGAAUAUUAACAGUGCCCGAUUUUUGGCAAGAGCAAUCGAUUAUGAAAUUCAGAGACAGAUUGACAUCUUGGAGAAUGGAGGGAAAAUAUUAAAUGAGACCAGAGCAUUUGAUUAUAAAACCGGGCAGACCAUAUCUAUGAGAGACAAAGAGGGAAAGCAAGACUAUAGAUUCAUGCCGGAACCAAAUUUGCCUCCACUCGUUAUUUAUGACAAUGAAAAUCUAUCUACUAAUGUAAAUCCUGAACAAGUGGUGAAUAUUGACCAUAUUCGUGAGCUGCUACCUGAGCUACCUAAUGCUAAAAGAAAAAGACUGGUGGAAAAGUACAAUAUUCUUGCUGAACACAGCUUCACAUUAGUGAAUGAAGAUGGACUUGUACAAUUUUUUGAAACUGUUGUGGAACAGACUGAAGCUAAUCCAAGGAAAGUGAUUGGUUGGAUCCUUAAUGAUUUCCUAGCACUCUUGAAGCAGAAUAACCUCCGUGUAAACCAAAGCCCCAUUAGCCCUUCUGCUUUGUCAGAGCUGCUUAACCUCUUAGAAAAAGGAUUUAUAUCUUCAUCUGCAGCAAAGCAAGUAUUUGCUGAACUAUGGAAAGGAGAAGGGAAAUCUGCAGUCCAGAUAGUUGAACAGAAGGAACUGGGGCUGAUUCAAGACCACAGGAAACUAGAACAGAUCUGUCAGUGUGUUAUCGAAGGUCAUCCUGCAGAGGUUUCUGAAAUACAACAAGGAAACUGGAAAGUGUUAAAUAAACUUAUUGGCCAGGUUCAGAGAGCAACACAUGGCCGGGCUGCCCCAACCCUGGUGAAAUCUAUUUUGGAAAAGAAAUUGUCCUGAAAGAAUGGAAAUCAAGACAAAGCAGAGCUGUUUUAAUUCAGCGAUCAAAAUUGAAAUUUUACAAGUGUUGUCUUAACCUGUUAGAAUAACUUUGAAUGAUUGACAAAAUCUUGAAACGCAUUCGUUUAUUGUCCACAGGGUUGAAUGCCCCUUCAUUUUUUGUUUAUUCUUGUUAAAAAUGUAUCCUACUGGUUGCCUGCAGUACUUGCACAAUUCUGCCUCAGUAAAAUGAACAUGAUGAAUUACUGACAGAUUGCAAAUCAACUGUAUGAAUUGUGAAAUAAUCAUGUAAAGUACAACUCAUACUAAAUGUAAUUGAUUGAAACCAUGAUCCGACAGGAUAGUCCAGUAAUCUACUUAAAUGUAUGAACAAUGGCUGUCAUUUUCUGUUCUUUAUUGAUCAAAUUUACAUGCAGUGGUUUGAGAUGAAUGCAAACUCCUGUUCGGAUGUGGGCCUGAGAUUUCUAUAUUGAAAAAAUGUAUUUGCACAUUAGCUGUGUUAUGAAAUAUAUUGCAGAUGGUGGAACUACUGUUGUGCAGUAUCAUUCCAUUCUAACGAAAGGUCACAGAGCUGAAAUUGUGAAUAUUUCCAGUAAUUUCUAUUUAUGAAUGUUAAUUAGUUGAGUUUGAUUUGCACAUUGGAACUCUCUUUAAUGGAUAUUGAACAUCAAUACUACAAACCUAGACUCAUGGGAUUACAAUUAAUAGGAACUGCAUCAUCUUCUGGCAGUUGAUUUCAGCGGAACCAUACAAAUGCUGUUGCCCAUCAAAGAUAUUAUUCAAGUACUCAUGUUAUAACAAGAGAUUCUUAACUGCAACAUUUUGCAUGAAAAGGUAAUUUAACAAUAGCAUUAAAAAAGUUAAUUUCUAGCUUUAAUGUCUAUCUCAAAUAAAAACCAUUCAGAACCCAUUUUAAGACAACUUUAAUGCUUAGAAUUAAAAUUGCUGCAGUGGACAAAGUGAGCAACUCCCUACUAAACUUACUUAAAAUAGUAUCCUGCACAGAGUCACAAACUAUAUUUUACUGAAUGUACUGACAAUUUAAUAAGUUAAUUUACUCUGCAGAAGGAACUUAUAAAUACCAUCAACCCUCAGAUCCAGCAUAGUAGUUUCACACUGUAAUAUUAAAUUUUAGAAAUCUGAUUUUAUAAUUCCUACUGAUGUUGCAAAAAUAAAUCAACACAACAGUAAAAUCACCAAAACCAUGGUUUUUUUCCCUAUACAAAAACAAAGCUGCUGGAAAAGCUCAGCAGGUCUGGCAGCAUCUGUAAAGGAAAAAACAGAGUUAACAUUUUGGGUCCGGUGACCCUUUCUCAGAACCCGAAGGACCUGAAACGUUAACUCUUUUAUCCUUCACAGAUGCUGCCAGACCUGCUGAGCUUUUCCAGCAACUUUGUUUUUGUUCCUGAUUUACAGCAUCCACAGUUCUUUAGUUUUUCCCUAUAAUCUGGCAUUGACUUACGUAUACAAACAAACAGCUUUACAUACAUAAAAACAAUCUUUUGAAGACCUCUCCAUAAAGCAAACAAUUUUACUGCUUUGCCACUUUUCUGCAAUGAUCUUUUUCACCCUGCUGGACACUACGCUAGACAUUUGAGAUUUCAUAAUAUGAUGGUACUAUUUAAAAAGGUCUUUCAUUAGCAUUAAAGUGGCAGAAAAUUUCAGUCCUCAUUCAUUUAAUCUUUGGUACUAUUCACAGCAAACCUUUACAGAAUGAAUAUCAUCAGACGUUUAAAGAAUAGACUCAAAUGUUCACACCUAAAAUUCAACUACCACCAGAAAUGCUUGUAUAUUUAUAACAUUUAUAUAUACUCAAAAAUUCAAUACACUGAUAGUUAAUUAAAUUUUUGCCCACAUACAUACAUUGUAGCUUGCAUAGUGAGACAAUUUCACUCGUGAGUUUUCUAUGACCAUAAGGCUGCUGCGUUUAAAAAGUCAACAUUUCUUAAAAAUUCCGAGCAUCAACAAAAUGAGACAAAAUUGUUCCACUCACUGUCUUACUGUAGUUAAGGCCAGAUACAAAUACAAUAUUACUUUGGAAAGGAUUUAAAAGUAGACUGCAUCAAUUGCAUUAAAACACUUCUUCAAACAUGUAACAAUUAUUCCUCACAUUCCUCUAGUGGAACGUGAGAUAAAAUGGAAUGUUCUUGUGCAAUGGCCGCAAGUUCCUUAAGAAAUUCCAUGAAGAUGACAGCUGCAUUGAUAGAAUUUUUCACAGGCGAGGGAAGUCGAGCCACUGGCUUACUUAAAGGCGGGUAUUGUGCUUCCUGAGCACUGCCUUGAUGCUUGUGUCCAUUAUCAGCAAUACUUUGAUUGUGCUUAAUUUCUGCAAGAUGUUUGCCAGGAAAGAAAAAAAAUUACUAAUAAUGUAUGUAUUUUUCCUGUAAUACAAUUUAUGUUUUUACUCAA